AUGAAGAUUACACAUAUUGACGUUAUCAAAGUAAGAGUGCCGUAUCAUGAAGGCAUAUACGAACUGAUGACGCGUCGCAAUCUUUACCAGAUUGACUACGUCUACAAAGUUCAUACCGAUGUCGGACUCGUCGGAAUUGGCGACGGCUCACACCAGUCGGAUGAAGUCAUUCAACGCUAUAUCGGUAGAAAUCCGUUUGAGUUUAUGAACGGCUGGGCACCGACACCGCUUCAGCAGGCAUUUUACGACAUCAUGGGCAAGGCACUCAGCGUACCAGUGCAUCAGCUUUUAGGUGAAAAGGUUCAUGACAAAACGUCGUUCGCCUAUUGGUCUAUUGACAUGACACCAGAGGAAUGGGCGGCUGAAGCGAAACACGCUUACGCCCUCGGCUAUCGCCUCCACAAAAUCAAAGCACGUCCAUGGUUUGAAGUACUUGAGCAGGUCGAGGCGAUCGCCUCUGUUGUACCGGAUGAUUAUCAGCUUCGCGUUGAUGCAAAUGACUCGUUUGAGACACCGGAACGCACACUUGAGGUCGCGCGCCACCUUCAAGAUUACAAUAUAGAGUCGUUUGAAACGCCGAUCCCUCAAGCGGAUAUUGAAGGCUAUCAGGAAAUUAAACGCCACACUGAUAUGCCGAUAACAAUUCACUUCGGGAACCCGGAUCCAAUUGAAGCGGUUCGGGCAAAGAUGAACGACUCGUUUAUUAUCGCCUACCCGGACUCGCGCGCUGCCAAUGCCAUAAGGGAAGCGACAAUUUCAAAUGCUGCGCAUCUCCCAGUUUGGAUACAGAUUGUUGGGCUUGGUAUCACAACCUCCUAUGUCAUGCAUCUUGCUGCAGUGAUGCCGAAUGCCACUAUGCCAGCGAUUACGCUUAAUGCAUUGCGUGCGUUUGACCUUGUCACGCCAUCAACGAUUCCGCUUGUUGACGGAUACGCAACUGUUUCCUGA